AUGGGUCGCGCGUUCUUCUCCAUGACCUCCAACAACAACAACACCAAACCAAUCCUCGAUCAUAACGGGGAAAAGCUCAAAGAUGACGGCACGAGUACCGGUGUACGCAACGCCUCCUCGUUCUCCGAUAUCGUCCAUAACAUAUCCACUUCGAAACAAUUUCCCCAACUGAAAGCUCUCUUCUUCGUCACCACGUGGGCGAUAGCCUCGUCGUCUUUGAUUUUCCUGAACAAACACCUGAUGUCCGAGGCAGACUUCCACUACCCGAUGAUUUUGUGCAGCAUGGGAGUGGUCGCGUCGUGGACGAUAUCGGUCGGUUUGAUUUCCUUGGGAAUUUCGACUGUCUCGACGAAGAAAGGACAGACGCAAAUAACCGCGAGAUGGUACGCCACGCAUAUUUUACCGAUUGGGAUGUUCGCGGCGUUGAGUUUAGGAUUUGGGAAUUACGUGUACUUAUAUUUGUCCGUGUCGUUUAUUCAGAUGUUGAAAGCGUGCGUGCCGGCGGUGACGUUGUUCGUGAUGUUUUGCGCCGGGUUGGAACGGUUGGACGCGAAGGUUUUGCUCGGGGUGGCGGUGUUGACGAUUGGAACGACGUUGAGCGCGUACGGGGAAAUUGACUUUAAAUGGAUUGGAGUGGUGAUGAUGGUUACGAGUGAGUUUUGCGAGGCGAUUAGAAUGGCGGUGCUGCAAUAUCUGUUGGGGAAUUUGAAGUUCGAAUUGAUCGAAGGAUUGUAUUGGUUCUCUCCGGCGAGUUUGGCGUGUUUGUUUAUCGGGAUCAUGUGGUUAGAGAUGCCGGCAUUUGUGCGUGAAAAUGGUGUUGGGAAAAUUAUGGAGUCGCCAAGUUUGUAUAUCUGCGCCGCGUUGCUUGGUUUUUUGGUGAACUAUUUGACGUUAGGCGUGAUUAAAUCAACCAGCGGCUUGACGUUCAAAGUUUUAGGCCAGGCGAAGAACACGGCGGUGAUAUUGAUUUCCGUGAUGGUGUUCGGGUCGCAAGUAACGAGUUUACAAAUCGUUGGAUAUACGAUUAGCAUGGCUGGCUUUUACGUCUACCAAAUGGCCAAGAUGGAACAACAAAAAGCGCUGGAGAGUGCAAACUUGGAGAUGAGAAGCUCGAGCGAGCAAUAG